ACGGAAGUGGCGUGAGGUGUUGUUGACGCGAGGUGUGUGCUGGGAAAGAUUCAAUAGGGCGCCAUUUUGCUCUUUGGAAGAGAAGCAAAGGUUGUAUCUAUUAAAGAGCCGUGCGCAGUUUCAGACACAAUGGCAAGUCCGGGAAAAGACAACUACAGGAUGAAGAGCUAUAAAAACAAAGCACUGAAUCCUCAGGAGAUGCGUCGAAGGAGAGAAGAGGAAGGAAUCCAGCUACGCAAACAGAAGAGAGAAGAGCAGCUGUUCAAGAGGAGAAAUGUAUGUGUACCUUCCAGUGAUGAAUCAAUGCUAGAAUGUCCGAUCCAAGAUCCAGAUAUCAGCUCCACGGUACCUGUUGCCAGUGAUGGGGUCAUAACUCCAGAUAUGAUUCAGAUGAUCUUCUCUGAAGACCCAGACCAGCAGCUAAUUGCUACACAGAAAUUUAGGAAAUUACUCUCUAAAGAGCCGAACCCACCCAUAGAUGAGGUAAUUUCCACUCCUGGUGUUGUGAAUCGUUUUGUGGAAUUCCUGAAGAGGAGUGAAAACUGCACAUUGCAGUUUGAGGCAGCCUGGGCACUGACCAACAUUGCCUCAGGUACUUUCCUGCACACCAAGGUGGUGAUUGAAACAGGAGCUGUUCCCAUCUUCAUUGAGCUGCUGAACUCUGAGUACGAGGACGUCCAGGAACAGGCGGUGUGGGCUUUGGGCAACAUAGCGGGAGAUAAUGCUGAGUGCAGAGACUAUGUGCUCAACUGUGGCAUCCUGCCGUCUCUACAACAGCUGCUCGCUAAAUCCAACCGCCUCACAACAACCCGCAAUGCAGUCUGGGCUCUGUCCAACCUCUGCAGAGGAAAGAACCCCCCACCAGAUUUUGCCAAGGUGUCUCCUUGUCUCAGCGUGCUGUCCAGGCUUCUGUUCAGCAGUGAUCCAGAUGUUCUGGCUGAUGCUUGCUGGGCUUUGUCCUACCUGUCUGACGGCCCCAAUGAGAAGAUCCAGACGGUCAUUGACUCCGGGGUCUGCCGUAGACUAGUGGAGCUACUCAUGCACAGUGACUAUAAGGUUGUUUCUCCUGCUCUGCGUGCGGUGGGCAACAUUGUAACAGGAGAUGACAUCCAGACUCAGGUAAUCUUGAACUGUUCAGCACUGCCAUGUUUACUCCACCUCCUCAGCAGUCCCAAGGAGUCCAUCAAGAAGGAGGCGUGCUGGACUGUGUCCAACAUCACAGCAGGAAACAGAGCUCAGAUUCAGAAUGUGAUUGAUGCCAACAUCUUCCCAGUACUGAUUGAGAUCCUUCAGAAGGCAGAGUUCCGCACAAGGAAGGAGGCAGCGUGGGCCAUUACUAACGCCACCUCGGGUGGCACUCCUGCACAGAUGAGGUAUCUGGUGUCUCUGAAUGCCAUCAAACCCAUGUGUGACCUGCUGACAGUAAUGGACUCAAAGAUCGUACAGGUCUCUCUGAAUGGCCUGGAGAACAUCCUCAGACUGGGAGAACAGGAGGCCAAACAGAAUGGAACCGGCAUCAACCCAUACUGCGCUCUCAUUGAGGAGGCUUACGGCCUGGACAAGAUCGAGUUCCUGCAGAGCCAUGAGAACCAGGAGAUCUACCAGAAGGCCUUCGACCUGAUCGAACACUACUUCGGGGUGGAGGAGGAGGACGCCAGUCUGGCUCCGCAGGUUGACCAGAGUCAAGGCCAGUUCGUCUUCCAGCAACAGGAAGGACCCAUGGAGGGUUUCCAGCUUUAACCCCGCCUUACCUCCACAGCUGCUUCUUCUUCCUGGUCUCUAAACCUCUGCCAGAGACGGCGGCCUACUGGUCUGCAGACUCUCCUGGUUCCUCCCCUUAUCUCUGCUGGGCGGCCAGCUCCACCAGCUCCUCCCCAGACCUUCACUUCUACUAUGUUGUCACAACAACACCUACUCGGAGAGAUGAAGAGAGAUUAGUGAAUAUGGAGACGAGACGAAAGGUGAGAGCACAUUCGGCUCGCUGAGGCUGUUUGAGACUUCAGGAACCUAAUGCUGGUUCCCAUCCCACUCAUGAGAUGUCUGUCAUGAAAAGCCAAUUCAUGCUGAAGAAAUAGUUCUCCUGUUUUUUCCUUAGUGAUACAGUAUGCUUUUCCUCUGACUUCCUGUGAUAUUAUUUCUGUCAUUCUGAAUGAUGUUAAUGAUAUUUGUGUUACAAUUAGAACCUGGUGUCUCCAAAUCAGCAUCCAUAUCCCUUUUUCAAUGUGAAACUACCUCUUCAGUCUUCAGAAAGGAACCAGAAGGAAGGAAAGAAGAAAAGCCCUAAAUGAACAGAUAAAAGCAACAGACUGAUUUUUUUUUUUCUUCUUUUAUGAUCCAAUCUUGAAUAAAAUGCUUGGUGUUCAGAUUGGUGGUGUGGUGGCUCCCCUGUCAGAAGUCUGUAGGCAUGUAGUCGAUGUAAAUACAGUACUACUGUAUGUCCUGGUGUUGCCAUACUGUCAGUCUGAAGAAGCUGCACGUGGUCUCUGGGCUGGGCUUUUAUUUAUUUGUCUUUUAGGAGCUGUGGAGAAGCUCCUCUUUCUCUUCUCCACCCCUCAGCUCUGACCAAAGGCGACUGCUUCCUGGUUUAUGUAAGUUAGUUUGAAAUCUCUUAACAGUGUUGGCUCUUUGCUAGUGUUUCGCUGCUUAUUUUAAAUGUUUUCAGAGAGCAGUAUCAGGGCAAGACAGGUGCUGUCUAUGUUACACGAUGCAGUGUGUGCAACAAUCUUGCUAGUUAAAUGUUGUUUUCUAAUUUCUCACUUGAACUAGCAACGUAAUAUAUCUUAAAUUAUUUUUUCUGCCUGCACUCAUUUCUUUGAUGUGAUGGGAUUCUUCAACUAACUGGAGGGUUUGUAUAUUAUAUAUACAUGUAAGAAAGUGUAAAGAAAGUAUUUAAGUGGCUGUGGGAAGGUGUGAUAUGCAAUUCCGUUUUGGGACUGGUGUGCAGUUGUACCAUUUCCAGUCCAUCACUGCUUCUCCUUUAUGCACCCCUGAACGUUUCUGAUUUACUUUGAGGAGGUUUGUCUCCUAAAUUUUUUUUCAUGUCCUGAUUAUGUGGUUUGAAGUCUUAAGAUGGAAGCGCAGUGUUUUGUUUUCCCUUGAACCAUGAUUUUUUGUUUCAAUCCGUGCACAUUUGAGUACAGUAAUUGGUGGAGAACCGAACAUGAAAUUAAUCUAUAUUUACGUGAAAUGGAAAGUAUUUGUAAUGCAGAAAUUACAUCAAGCACAUUUAAUCGUGUAUAGUUUUCUAAUAUUUCUGGUUUGUAUGAUUGUAUAUCAUUUUUUAGGUUUUGGUAGUGUUUUUGUUUUCUCUUGUUUGGGAAUUAAUUUGCUGUGUUCUUGUGGCUCUCAGUAGACAUUGUGUAUUAGAGCUCCAGCAGCCUGUGUACAGAGUGAAUUACUGUAUGCAGCCACAGUCUGCGCUUCCUAACACGGACUGGAUCCCAGAGGUCCGACAGUGAAGCCGGGUCAGGCUGUCUGUAAUGAUGCCUGGUUCUUCUGGGUGGGGAUGCACACGUAUAUUGUGUAACAAGAGUUAAUAAAUUGACCUGUUGGAUACAAACCAUA